GCUGCAAAUAUGCCAGCACAACAGCAAAAACGAUCCCGGGCCAGCGAGGCCGCCGAUAAACCGUCGCGACCGACCGAGGAGCGAAAACGGCGCCGGACUUCGGAUGUUAAGAAUACACAAAUCCAGAAGAAGACAAAGGCCUCGAGCUCUGCGCCUGAGACUGAGGGCGAGGUCCCAUCGUUGGAAGUCGAGAAAUACAAGAGCAAUGCACCAUGGUCAUUCUCACGCCCAGUCGGCGGUCGUUACAGCAACGUGAACACCGUAAUGACUGCUGAUGAAGCUUAUCUCUUCAUUGGACUUGAUACGGCUGUCCAGGUCUUUGCGACUUCAACAUCGCGUCUGGUGCGAACCUUGCAAAUGGAGGCUGGACAAACAGUCGUUGGAUACAAGAUCUGUCCCGUUGACAAAGAGAUCCUCUACAUCUUCACUUCGAAAUUUGUCACUAAAUGGAAUUGGGAUGCCGGAAAACGACUUGCUCGGUGGGGAAUAGGGCCACAGACCGUUGCAGUGGAUGUGCCACCAGUGGAGAACGAGAACCAAUUGGCCGUAUAUGCCAUUGUGGCUCAAAAGGACGGCAAGCGACAGAUUUCCAUCAAUGCCUUGAGUGACAAGAAGUCCCCUGGCAUCGUUGUCCUCAAUACCGAUGUCCAGAUCAAUGACAUCAAAGUCAUCCGCGGGGGACGAGUUAUCGUUGCUUGUGAAGGCUCUCGUUUCUUCGUUGGUACCUCGACCGCUCUAGAUCUUGAAAAAGCCGAGUCUACACAGUAUAACUGGAGAGAGACGACACUCCCAUCUCAUACCACUUGCUUCGACUUGCAUCAGACACGCAAUAAGACAGAAUCCAGGUCUGCAAAGGGCUCAGAAGCCCUUGAUUUAGCAGUGGGCGAAACUGGCGGAUCCAUCUUGAUCUACCAAGACAUAUUGAACACUCUGUUUGGACGCAAUGCAGACAAAAAAUCGUCCCCACAAAAGUUACAUUGGCAUCGUGGCGCUGUCAACACUUUGAUGUGGUCAAAAGACGGCAAUUACAUUCUCUCCGGUGGAAACGAGUCGGUAAUCGUUCAGUGGCAAUUGGAUACCGGCCGAAAGUCAUACCUCCCCCAUCUGUCGUCCCCGAUUACCAACAUCGUCAUUUCACCGCAAGGCACUUCCUACGUGGUUCAGUUGGCCGAUAACACAGUCAUGGUUUUGUCUGCGAGAGCGCAACUGCCAUCUGCCACUGUAACCGGUCUACAGCUUAGUUCGGAGGGGGGUAACACAAGGGAUCCUGCCUCCAAAACAUCAUUGAAAACAGUUGCAGUUCUCCACCCGCAACACCCGGAGCAGCUACUUGUGGCAGUUCCUGCCUCGCACGAGUUCAAUCAGCAAGGGUUCCAGCGCUCCAAUGCUGCUGUGCUGCAAACCUUUGAUAUCAGAUCCAACUCUCACAUUUCCCGCCAGGCUCUUGCGCGGACUAACGCAACAACAUUGAAUAUCAGCCCUGAGGGAUCCCCAAUCGUCACCCCUGAUAUUCGGAAUAUGGAUAUUCUCCAGGAUGGAAAAUGGAUGGCGACUGUUGAUACUUGGACUCCCCACCGCAAUCAUAUGGAGGCUCUUGCUGGCGUUUCUUCCCGCCGGGAGAACGUUUUGCGACCCGAGAUCUUCCUCAAGUUCUGGAAGUGGAACGCAUCUUCCAGUAUUUGGGAACUCGUGACUCGUAUCGAUGGCCCUCAUUUCAAUGAGAAUCGCCAAGCGGCGGUGCUUGACUUGGUUGCUCGCCCUCAAUCUCAUGAGUUUGCCACCCUUGGAGCAGAUGCAUUCCUUCGUUUCUGGCGCCGAACAGCUCGACACCAAAGUGGCCUGAAGACCGAUAAUUCAGAGCAAUUGGACACAUGGAAAUGCCGCAACACGGUUGAUCUGACCGGCCGUCUUGGUGACAAUGUGUCGUUGAAACAGGCCUGCAUGAGCUUCUCCGAGGAUGGCUCUGUUCUUGCAGUCUGCUUGCCAUCCGAAUCUGGAGCAAAUGACGGUCUUGUGCUCCUGAUCGAUGUCCACAGCGGCACGGUCCACUACCGACGAACCGGUGUCUUCCUCGGUACUCCUUACUCUGCCAAGUUCAUUGGAAGAUACCUUGUCGUUGCUUCUGCGGGAUCGGUCGCAGUGUGGGAUACCGUCGAUGAUGUCGUCAAGCCAGCCCAGCUACCAGAAUCUUCUGGCCCUGCCAACGCAGCGAACCCGCCCCUCCUUGCAGUUAACCCCAGGACCCAAACUUUCGCAGUCACCAGCCUUGAUGCUGAGAACUCGACUACCUCACAGAAGAAGGGUCGUUCAGCCCGAUUCCACAUUCGGAUCUACGAUCUGCUCUCUCUUAGCCUGGUAUUCCAAGAGACUCUCGGAAGCCCCCCGCUCGCACUUCUGUCAGAUGUAUACUCUGGCGAUUAUAUCGUCCUUGAUGCAUCCUCUGCUGUGCAGCGUGUUGGAUGCUUGGAGAAGGCUUCGCAGAAGACCUCACAACCUCUGGAGGUGACGAGCCAGCUUACUUCAGGACUGGCUAGCAUCUUCAGCCGAGGCACUGAGAGGGCUCCUGCGCAGGCUAUUGAGGGAAAUACCUAUUCUCAAAAUAAGGGCUUGGCCGGCGUUUUUGGUGAGACACCUUCGUUCUCGCUUCCCUCUCUUAGCGUCCUAUUCAGGAACGUUGUUCAAACUUUGGGCAGCAGUUAG